AUGCGCAAAACAAUGAAGAAUGCCCCCAUUAACCAGGCCCCCUUUCUUUCGGGCUCCAGAUCAUCCAAUACAUCCAUCAUCACCAUCUCCGUCGGCCCCGAGCAGCGUCUCUUCGCCGCUCACGAGGACGUCCUCUGCACAUCGCCCUUCUUCGCAGCCGCCUGCUGCCGCGCCCAGUCGCCCGGCUCCCCGCACAAGCGCAUCACCCUCGCAGACGAACAGCCCGAGAUCCUCUCCUGCAUCCUCGAAUACCUCUACAAGGGCGACUACACACCCCGCGCCGUCUACAACAAACAUCGCGAAACCUGGGAACUCGAGAACAUCGGCUUCGACGGGGACGGGCAGACAACCGGCGCGACCAUCUUCCACCCGCCAACCGGCGCAGUGAUCUUGAGAGAUACCGCCAUAUACUGCGCAGCCCAGAAAUACGGCCUCGAGCCCCUGAAGCGCCUCGCGCUGCGCAAACAGGGCCUGCACUCGGGUAUCCAGUGCAGCACGAUCCUCACGAGCGCGCGCUACGCCUACGCCAACACCCCGGAUACCGAGUCGAAGCUGCGCGCGCACUACCUGGCGCUGAUCAUUCGGAGCCGCGGGACGUUUAAGCGCAGCGGGACAAUGCAGAUGGAGAUGGAGAAGGGGGGCAAGUUGUUCUUUGAUUUGUUUGUGGCGAUGUGUAAUCAUAUGGAUGACCUUGCGUCCGCUGGGAAAUCUUCUCUUGGCUAA